CGUAGCCCCGCUUCGAGUUCUUUACGUGCGUGCGUCAGCGAUUUCCGUUUUUCGGCGUCUUGGUGAUUUUCAGUAGUGCAUGUGUGUGUGUACGUGCUCCCCCGAAUUUCUUCGUUUAGUACGUCGGUGUGAAAAUUGAUUUGUGCAACUGAUUAGUGCGAAAAACUUCGGAUCCUCUCUCUUUUUUAAAGAGUAUUUUUUUUUUUAAAAUCUUCGCUCGCUCAUUUUGACUCAGACUUUAAAAUAGGGAGUGUUUUUCGAGAGGAAAGGUUUUAAUCGACCUGACGGGAAUCAAUACGCAAGCGCCAAGUUUGAAUUUCCUCUCCCAGCGCGGAUGACGCGACGAGGCAGUGCGUGUCAACACAAAUCGAAGGAAAGUCCUAUAAAUUGAUUUAUUUCCGGAGCAGAUCCAGCUUUAAUGCGUGUCAAUCGGUGAACUGUGAAACUGUGAAACUGUCAAGUGCAUACGGCUUUUCCACACGGAUUCGUGAGGCCACAAGUGCCUCGUCUCCUGCUUCUUGUCGAGUCGAUUUUUCGAACUCCUCCCCGUUAUGUUGCGCAAUUUAACUAGUUCGUGCGCCGCGCCAAAGACCCAAGUCCUCCUUGUGUCCCGAUAAACUAUAGUGCAUCCCUGCAGUUAUUUGGAUUAACGUUGCACCGGACCCUCCUACUUAAAGCGGCAACAUGUAUAUGCGACUCAGGGAAGAUGAGGACCCGGAGGAUGAAAAAGAGAAGGAAGAAGCGGGAGAGAACGAGAAGGCUGAGGUGGUCAUAGGAAUAAACGGAAUGAAAUGUCAGUCAUGCGUUCGGAAGAUCACCUCAAAUCUCAUGGACAAAAAAGGAGUGUCAGAAGUUACAGUCAACCUAGAAGAUAGAAACGCAAGGAUAUCAUUUAACUCUAAGGUGACAAACCGGGAGCAGCUUAGAACCUAUGUAGAGGAAUUAGGUUUUGAAGCAUCCUUACCAAAGGAAGAUUUGCAAACGAUUAUAGGCAUUUCAGGAAUGAAAUGUCAAUCCUGUGUACGAAAAAUCGAGUCAAACAUAUCAGAAGUGCCGGGAGUGAAAUCUAUUAAAGUAAAUUUAGAUAAAAGGAUCGGUAUUAUCUCAUACGACCCUGAGCUCACGGACCCAGAGCAAGUUAGACAAGCUGUAGAAAAUCUAGGAUUUGUAGCAACAUUGCCUGACUCACCGGAGCAUGAAUGCUUAAUCGAAAUUUUAGGAAUGAAAUGCAAUAAUUGUGUUCAAAAUAUAGAAGGAAAACUGAAAGAAAAACAGGGUGUGAAAGAUGUCAAAGUUUCUUUGGAACAGAGAAAUGCCACCUUUACAUAUUUUCCGGACGAAGUCACGCCAGAAACCUUAGUCAAGUACCUUUGUGAUAUGAACUUCAACGCUUCUCUAUUGGAAGUCAAUGGAGUCACCCAAAAUAGUUCAAUUCAAGAAAAAAAUUCAGAUAAAGUGGGUAAUGGCAACCAUAAUAGUAGUUUGCAUAUCCCCAUAGAUGAUAUGAUGAAAGGGGAAAAGUGCCUUUUACAUAUUAAGGGAAUGACCUGCGCAUCCUGUGUAGCUGCCAUAGAAAAACAUUGUUUAAAAAUGAAAGGUGUGAAUUCAGUUCUAGUCGCUUUAUUAGCAGCAAAAGCCGAGAUCCAAUAUGAUCCAACAUUAAUACAGCCUGACGCCAUAGCCAACUCCAUCACAGAAUUGGGAUUCCCAGCUUCAGUCAUGGAUAGCAGUAAUAUGACGGAUAGUAAAGUUGAAUUAAAAAUCGGUGGGAUGACGUGCGCAUCAUGCGUCAACAAAAUCGAGACUCAGAUUAAGAAGCUACGAGGAGUUAAAUCAGCCGCCGUUGCUCUGACAACGCAGCGAGGUCGAGUAGAGUUUGAUCCUGAAGAGAUCGGACCAAGGGAUAUCUUGGAUGCUGUAGAAAAAUUAGGUUUUUCCGCUUCCGUCAUUUCUAACAAAGAUAAAGACUCUAGACCCUAUAUUGAUCAAAGGGAAGAAAUUUUAAAAUGGAGAAAUGCGUUCCUAAUAUCUUUAGUUUUUGGUGGACCAUGCAUGGUGAUCAUGACCUAUUACAUGUGGGGUAUGAGUUUUGGUUGGGUGGACCAUGAACACAUGUGCUGCGUGCUUCCAGGGCUGUCAUUAGAAAAUUUAUUGUUAUUUGUGCUCUCUACACCAGUCCAAUUUUUUGGAGGCUGGCAUUUUCAUGUAGCGGCUUGGCGAGCUAUUAAACAUGGUACCUCCAACAUGGAUGUUCUCAUCAGUACUACGACGAUGGUGUCUUAUAUUUACUCUGUGGUUGUGCUUGCCAUUGCAAUUUAUCUGCAGCAGCAAGCUAGUCCUCAAACUUUCUUUGACACCCCACCCAUGUUGUUUGUUUUCAUAUCUCUUGGUCGUUGGUUAGAGCACAUUGCUAAGGGUAAAACGUCUGAAGCACUCUCUAAGCUGCUCUCUUUGAAGCCUACUGAAGCUUUAUUAGUUACGCUAGGCUCCAACUAUGAAGUCCGGACAGAAAAGCAAAUUAGUGUUGAUUUAGUACAGAGAGGGGAUGUUUUAAAGGUUUUACCCGGUGCUAAAGUCCCUGUGGAUGGGAAAGUUCUCUAUGGAAAUUCGACUUGUGAUGAGUCUUUAAUUACUGGAGAAUAUAUGCCUGUCAUAAAAAAACCUGGAAAGACUGUGAUAGGAGGUUCAAUCAACCAAAAUGGAAUGCUUCUGAUGUUAGCAACGCAUACAGGAGAGGCGACAACGCUGGCUCAGAUCGUGAAAUUAGUGGAGGAAGCUCAAACAUCCAAAGCUCCAAUCCAACAGUUAGCUGAUAAAAUUGCUGGCUACUUUGUGCCGUUUGUUCUGAUAGUUUCUACGAUCACAUUAAUAGCAUGGGUCAUUUUUGGCUACCUAAAUUUCAGCCGGCUCCCUGUCAGCAAAGCAGAAUCAUUCGGAUUAAGUCAAACAGAAAUCAUAUUCUCCUAUGCGUUCCGUUGUGCUUUGAACGUCUUGGCAAUAGCAUGUCCGUGCGCUCUCGGUUUGGCUACACCUACAGCCGUUAUGGUCGGGACCGGCGUAGGAGCUUUAAAUGGAAUCUUGAUCAAGGGAGCAGAGCCACUUGAAAAUGCACACAAAGUAAAAUGCGUUGUUUUCGACAAGACUGGAACCAUAACUCAAGGUGUACCCACUGUCUCAAGGAUAUCUCUCUUUGUAGAUAACAAUGUGUGUUCUAUCUCGACUCUUUUGUCUGUCCUUGCAAAUGCGGAAUUGAAUAGUGAACAUCCAAUAGCUUCAGCUGUCGUAAAAUUUGUGAAGGAUGCCCUUGAGAUAGACAUCAUAGGUAAAUGCAGCAAUUUUCAAGCUGUCCCUGGAUGUGGUCUCAAAUGCGUUGUAUCUCACAUUGAUGAUAUGGUCAAAGCUGCCAACAACAAUGAAAAAAUCAUUAAUUACUACAAUCAAACAUCAAACGGUGGUUUACUAUCACUCCAUUACGCGACUGUUGACAUUGUGAAAAUCAAUUCCCCGGAACUUCAAUCUUUUCAACUUGAAAAACUGCUACACUUAGAUUCCAACCAAUCCUCUGAAACAUAUCAAGUUAUAAUCGGGAACCGUGAGUGGAUGAAACGCAAUAUAAUAGAUGUUCCUCUUGAAGUUGAUGGUCUAAUGUCAGAUGAAGAAGAAUUAGGACACACUGCUGUAUUUUGUGCCAUAAAUGGUGUCCUGGUUGCAAUGGUCAGUGUUGCGGAUGUUGUAAAACCAGAAGCUCACUUAGCUGUUUAUACUUUGAAAAAACGUGGACUGGAAGUCAUCCUUUUAACUGGAGACAACAGGAAAACUGCCGCAGCAAUUGCAAGACAGGUUGGCAUUGGUCGAGUAUUUGCUGAAGUUCUGCCAUCUCAUAAAGUUGCCAAAAUCCAGCGGUUGCAAGAGCUUGGUUAUCGAGUUGCCAUGGUCGGAGACGGUGUGAAUGACUCGCCUGCUCUGGCUCAAGCAGAUGUUGGCAUCGCCAUUGCAUCGGGCACCGACGUCGCAGUAGCUGCAGCAGAUGUAGUAUUAAUGAGGAAUGAUCUUUUAGAUGUAAUUGGUUGCCUAGAUCUAUCUCGAAAAACUGUCAAGCGAAUCAGGCUUAACUUCCUGUUUGCCAGUAUGUACAAUAUGAUUGGGAUUCCUCUAGCCGCAGGAGCUCUCAGUAGUUUCGGAAUCACUCUAUUUCCUUGGAUGGCCUCUGCUGCGAUGGCUCUCAGCUCAGUUUCUGUAGUCUGCUCAUCACUUCAUCUCAAGUUGUUCCGAAAACCAACGCAGGAGUCUCUGACAACACCUGAGUAUCGUGCAGCAAUGGAGGCCAGUAAAGCUGCCAAAUGCGAAUUGGAUACAAUAUCCAUUCAUCGGGGACUGGACGACAACGAACCUCCUGUAUUCACUCGCUCCACUAGUAGCGCUCUCGAAAAAAUCUUUGGAUCAAGACCCAAACAAGAAGCUGAAAAUAGACUGUUAAGCAACUCCGAUGAUAUGGAUGAUAUCGUCGUUGAUUACUUGAAUGUAAAUAGUAAAUACAAUGGUGGAAAUUCACUGACAAACCUGUAGCCAAAAUCAUAUUUGCUUCAUCUGCAAAAUCAGCCAUUACUUAUGUUAACACAAAUCAUGAUGUUUCAGUCAAUAUUUUAAAACAAAUUUUAACUUUUAUUCUCUGUAACUGAUUUUCAACAUUGCGGUCACAAACACUCUAAUUUUAUUUAUCUAUUUUUUUUUCUCUUUUUUUCUUUUCUUUUUUAAACUCAUUAAUGUUGAUCGAUUAUGUUUGUUAAGAUUUUAGAAUACUAUUGCCAUACUACAUAUCUCAUUUUUGCCUGCCAAUUUUAAUUGAGAGUUAGAAUGUAAUCUGAACUGCUAAAUGGGUCAACAAAUCUUAAAUUUACCGCUUUAAUGAUCAUUUUCAUUUUAAUUUUAAAAUUUUAGCCACUUGUAUUGUAUGUUGAAUUUUAGGGCUUCUAGCCUCUGAGAUCCAGAAAAGCAAAAAAAAAAAAUCAUUGUCACUUGUUAAAAAUUGUCCAAGUAAUUCAAUUUGCUGUGUGUAAAUGUUACAGAAAAGAUAUCCUACAUUUGUUUUAAUUGAGUUCUAGAAUCUCUUUUUAAUCGUAUUUUAUAUGAUACUUUUUUUAUCCUUACUUUUUAAUUGACGUGACUUGAAUCACCAAAGUUUAGGUUCUUCUAUUAUCUGUAUUUUUCUAAGCAUUUCAAUUGUUGUAGUUUCCAGUCCUCAAUUCAAUAAUAAUGAAUUCAAAAGGACAACCUUUUGUUGAAGGACAAGCUUCCAAGGAAAACCUCAAAGACUGCACUUUACUCCGUAACAGUUAAAGCCUAUUUAAUGUCUACUUAAACAUUUUCAGCCGAACAUGCAUUCAAAUAGGUAACUGAAUCAUGAAAUAUCACUUUUCGGUUUUUCCAUGGCACUGUUAACAAAGGUGGACUAACAUGUUCAUUAUCCAUUCCAGAAAUGGUGGAUGCACAUUAAUCAAAAGAAAAAGUGUCCAACAAAUUUGAUUUUUUCCAAUAAUCAUUGGUGGACCAUGUGAGAUCCUUAUUAAGUUGAUGUAUGUAAAUUUCAAUUCCCCCCUAGUUAUCAUCAAAUAUUUGAAAUCUGUUUUAACAUACAGCCAGAUACACUCAAUGAAACAGAGCCUAGGAUCAUUGAAGGAAUGAAUAAUCAAUGGGGUUACAAGGGAUCUUUAAAUCCUGGUAUAAUCAAAGAUUCUCUGCACAGGAUUCUUUCUAUAGGUGAUCCUGUAAAAAAACUUUCAAAUUUUAAAAUUACAUUUUUUUAAAAUUUAGGUACACUGUUGAUUCCUUAAUGUGAAAAAUAACAAAAUAUGAAUUUGUUGCCAAGACUUUUAUUUUGCUUGGAAUGGCAAAACAAUUGGUGGUAAUUUAAUAAAAAUGACAGGAUAAAUAUUUUGUUACCGAUUGUUUACCAACCACCCUGAAGCUCAGAAAUCACACUAAAAGUUCCCCAGAUCCUCGUAAUUAAUGUCUGAAAUUUUUUCUCCUAUUUUAUUGCAGUACGGCUAAUUAAUCAUUAUUAUUUUUCAAUCGCUGAAUAUUUCUCCGUUGUUGAUUCAAAACUAACUUCAGGAAUUCCAAUUUACACAAAUUUUUUCUUAAUUCUGUUUGCCACAAAAUAACAUUAGUGAAAACUUUGGGAUACAGUAGUCCAAGUACCUGUUUUCCUCAUCCCAUACUUUGGAUAGUGGAACGAAAAAUUUCUGAACUGUAAUCAAAAUGUUACUAAAUAUAUUUGCACUUUUUCCUCCCCUCAUUUUGUUAAAUUACAUGACUCAAAAAUGUUCAAAUUUAAUAAACUUUCAUUGAUUUUCUACCAUUAUAAUGAAAGUAACCCGAAAUUUGCAAUGUUGCACGCCAAUAUGCACAGUUUUUCAAUGUAAUAAUUGAUUUAUAAGAAUAUUUCAGAAAGUUGGAAUGAAUUAUUCUCAGUAAAUGCAUUUCUCUAAGCACAACUUUUUUUCCAAAGAGGUGGAAAAAAAAUUUCGGUGAAAUCAAGUUUUUAAAGCAUUCAUAAGCCUUGAAAAGUCAACGUCAAUGUUCAGUGUGUGAGCCAAAUUCUUGGAAUGUUACUGGUUCAUCCAAUUUUAUAUCCUAAUACUUGAGCGUAUGUUUUAUAUCCUUAUACUAUAAAAUGUAUCAUUUUUUUUUUUAAGUUUUUCCGGCUUUUUUUUCUCUAUUAUUUUUUGUUUCUCUAUCAUUUGCUCCUCUUGUUUCAAUUAGAUCUGCAAUAUAUGCUGAUGCUCUGAGAGUUUUAUCUUUUUUCACGUGUUAUCUCUCUUUAAAAAAUUGCUGGUGUCAAAUGCAUCCAGUUUCUUUUUUUCGACUCUUCCUCUUAAAAUGCACUUUUGAUAAGAGUCACAACCUGUGUUUUGAGGUCCGUUUUCUUUUCUUCAAGUUGGAGGACUUCAUCACUAAAGAGAAUAGGUUAAAAUGUACCUGAUAGAAAAUUAAACUUGUAAAAUUUUAUCUCAAAACAUUUUUUUUCCAAGAUUGUUUUCAAGGCUGAAAGGUACCUGAUAUUAGUUGCCACCCGACAAUUCUUAAAACGUGUCUCUUUUCAUUUAAUGAUGAGGCGGGUUUUCAUGCAGCCUCUGUUUUUGUCUUGUACUUUUUUGGCAAUCCAUACUUACUUUGAGUGAGUCACAUAAAUUUUGAGCUCUGUCAUCUUUGGAAAGGGAGACCAGUUUAAUUUUACAUUUUUCGUAGCUGAGAAUUACUGCCUUCACAUUUCUUCUUCACAAACUGCCCCUGGGCAAAGCUUAAUUUGAUUUCAAAUCCUGUGCGGCAUAGUCUACUUAAUUUUGAUUCCAUGUCUUGUAAGUAUUUUUAAAAAAGAAAUACAAAGCUGUCCUGGCCCCUAAAAUAUUUGUAUUACUUUUUUUAUGUCUUCAACUCAGUUUCUGAUUUUUUUUCUUUUAAACUAAGCAUCAACAUUUUUAAGGAACUGAAGAAAAUUUUUACUGUAUGUUCAUUACAUACUCCUCAUAUUUUAAAACUAAUCCAUUAAGUCACCCACCAUCUAUUUUUAUGUACCUGGUUACUUCCAUUUGUUAAAAAUCAAGAGCUGUUAAUUGCCUCUUAAUUUUUUUUUUUUUUUCAUGUGUUUUCCCCCUUUUCUGUGGUGAGGGAAUAGAGGAUUUUAUCCUUAUCUGUAUAAGAAAUUAAAAUUUUACUUUUCGCUCUUAUUUCCACCUCCGAGAUGGAAGUUUAUUCUCCUUUGUUUUAAAUAUUGUGAUUGAUGUUAGCUGUGUUUUUCACAUAACUAACAAAAUUAAUGUAAUUACUCCCUCCAUUUUAUUUAGUAUGAAAUUGCCCUGACUUGACAACAUGUUUUUGAUUUGCAUUGUUACUCUUGAAAUCCUAUAUUUAUUACGACAUAUUUUGUAAGUAUUUUUAUACUUGUAAAUUAUUCCAUGUAUUUUAUUGUAUUAAAAAUGCAAAUACAACUCGAUUUAGACUUUGCAUCAUCCAA